ACGAAUAUCCAAACACUUGUUAUAAACCCUUGCGCACCGGCACAGUUGAACUUUCAGGCAAUGGCUUAGAUAGUGAGAAAAAAAAACAAAACAGAAAAAAAUCUACGGAGAAAUUAAGAAUGUCUGAUCCUAAUCUGAAGCAUCCUCUUGAGGAUUCUAGGGCUUAUCAAGAGAGGCUCUCAAAGGUGGCGAGAAUCGAUGCAUUCAGUGACGAAGAAGAAUCAGAGGAAGCAGACUCAGGAUUGGUCAUCUCUGGGACGGAGCUGAUAGUAAACCCUAGAAUGCAGCGUUACUUGAUUGCCGUUGAAUAUAUAGGAACGCGUUUCUAUGGGUCACAACAGCAGCCUAAGUAUCGCACAGUCGUCGGCGUAUUGCAGGAGGCUUUUCAUAAGUUUACUGGGCAGCCAGUUAAGAUCUUCUGCUCAAGUCGAACGGAUGCAGGAGUUCAUGCACUAUCAAAUGUUUGUCAUGUAGAUGUGGAACGCAUCAGUAAAAGAAAGCCUGGUGAAUUGUUACCACCUCAUGAGCCUGGUGUCGUCCAGAAAGCUGUGAACCAUUUCUUACAGAAAAACGAAGGUGAUGUUAUGGUGAUUGAUGUUCGGUGUGUCCCAAGUAAUUACCAUGCCAGAUAUAAAGCCAAGGAGCGCACAUACUUCUACCGCUUGCUAUCGGGGUCGGAUCCUUUAUCCAUCCUUGAAAAAGACCGUGCCUGGCAUGUGCCUGAGGAGCUAAAUCUUCGCGCUAUGCAGGAAGCAUGCAGAGUUCUUGUUGGAUCUCAUGAUUUUAGCUCCUUCAGGGCAGCUGGUUGCCAGGCAAAGUCACCGGUGAGAUCUUUAGAUGAACUCAGUGUCACUGAAGUACCAUCAACUCCAUAUUUUCCAUCUCUCACGGAAAGGACUUGGAGUAACUUAAACAAUGGAGAUCCUCUCACAUGUUCCAGUCAACCCAAGACUGAGACUGCUGGUGUUACUACAAAUGUGGGUGAGUUUGUGGGGUCUACAAAUGGCGACACUUUUGGUGUAAGAAGACGACACCGCUGCUAUGUCGUAACAGCGCGUUCCCGCGGUUUUCUUUACCACCAGGUUCGACUGAUUGUAGCAGUACUGAAAUGUGUAGGCACUGGAGAACUGACCGUCACAGACGUUGAAAGAAUCCUGAAGGCGAAGAAUGUGUCUGCAUCCAAACCCAUGGCUCCUGCAUCUGGUCUGUAUCUUGCGCGUGUCAAAUAUGAACUCCCAUAAAGAUUUCAUUUUUUGCAACAGGUGGUGAGGAGUCACAGAGUGGGUCCUUGUCCACAGGCGGUAUAGAUAGAGAUACUAUGUUCUUCUGAUGUAUUCCAUCAUAGAUCCUGAUUCCUGAGUGAUGAAACCUAAUGAGUGCGACUCUCAUUGUAUUACAUUAUGAAAGUUCUGAUUUCCUACUAUAUCUGUCCGAUUGGUUGAGCAAAUGAAUGUACAAAGAGAAUGGUUCAAAAGAAGAAAUGAAGUUUUAUUUUGAUAAAA